AUGGCUAGCGGCGAUACAGCGCGGGAUGCGGGGAUGCAAGGAGGCGGCGGAGCGGCGAGUGGCGAGGAGGUGGCGGCGGGGCUCGUGAUCGCGCACCCCGACGACGAGUCCAUGUUCUUCGUGCCCACGCUGCGCGCGCUCGUCGCGCGGCCCUCCGCGGUGGGGCACCUCGUCUCGGCCGCUGCGCUGCCACAAGCUGACUCCACACAACACGGCGCCCGCUGCGCGCUGCACAUCCUCUGCCUUUCCUCAGGCAACGCGGAGGGGCUGGGCAGCACGAGGAGGGCGGAGCUGAAGGCAGCAGCGGCGAGCCUCGGGAUAGCCCAGCAGUGCGUGGAGGUGGUGGACCACCCGCAGCUGCAGGUGCGGUGA